GAGUAAUUAUUGCUUUUCAUAAGAAGACGCAAGUUGUAUUUUAAUCUGAAAUUUUAUCGGAAUGGUAUUAUCUCGGAUGUGCACCGCAUUCGUUUAGCGUGAAAUAAAAAACUUUUUUCAAGUAUUUCACUGAGAGUUUGUUAAGUUACUUCAUAAGUAAAUGUGUUAAUAACGUUAUAUCAUAGAAUUACUUUAAAAAAAUCGAAGGAAAAUCUCAAGUCACUCAUAGACUAGACAUGUCAAAAGUGUUCUUAUUUCCAAUUGCGGUGUUUUUGUUAUUCCAAAUCACAUUCAUCUGCACGUAUAUCGCGGCGAUUUUAGAAGGUCAUAUCGUACCGGAUAUUCCAUACAUUAGCGAUGCAGCCACAUACUCUCCCGAGUCAUGCGUUUUCGGUCAAUUCAUAAACAUUGGCUGCGUGUUGCUAGGUAUCGUUGUUUACAUCCGAUACCGUCAAAUCGAGCAGUUGAUUUACCAUCAUCCAAAUCUAAUGGAAACUUCAGCUAAAUUGAAUAUAGUCGCAAUGUGGCUCGGUAUUGGAUCGUGCCUAGGUUGUAGUAUCGUUGCAAAUUUCCAGGAAACAAAUGUUCGCAUUAUGCAUUACAUUGGCGCUCUAAACUGUUUUGGUCUUGGAACGGCGUAUUUCUGGAUGCAAGCUUACCUCACCUACAACAUUCACCCGUACGUUGGAUCGCUACGACUGGCACAUGCUCGACUCGGACUGGCCGUUUUGUGUACCAUUUUCUUCGUAGUGGUUGCUGUUACAGGAGUCAUUUCACAUAUUUUAUUCAAUGGAAAGGACCCGAGGAAAUGGUAUCCGUCGGAUGGUGGUUGGAAGUACCAUGUUGCUAGCUCAAUAUCCGAAUGGAUCGUUGCGACAAUCUUCUGCUUCUACAUUCUGUCAUUCACUGAUGAAUUCAAAUUAAUAUCGAUUGAUCACCCGCCAUUGGACAUAGAUGGAUUUGAUACCGUAAACAUUCAAUCAAGUCAAAAUGAGGAAAAUGCCUAGCCAUCUAGACAUCCAAUCUUCCGAAGCAACUGAAUUAAUUUCCAAUUGCGAUCCCAAUGUGACAUGAACAAGUAUUUUAGUUCGUAUUUAGUUGUUGAACUUACUUGAAAACACCAAAUAUACAUCAAUACAACUAAGCGCAUUGGCUUUUGUUUUAAUGUAUUUUAAUUUGAAUCUCAAUAAAAUCGGAUUUAGAGACAAAA